AACAACUGUUACACCGCAAUUUUGAAAUAUACACAUUCAAAAUACUUUUCUAACAAAUUUAUCUUUAGAUAGCUAGGUUAUACUUAUUUCAAGCUCUCAUCAUAAGACAUCCGUUCACACUGAUAUUUUUGAUUUGUCUUGUUACUGUUCCCCUUAUGCUUUUCUUCUUCAGCUUAAGACAAAUACGUUUUUCUACACAACCCACAACACGCAAUCUGAUUCCAAACUAAAUGCAAACCUAUCAACAGUUUAUUGUUAUGGUGUCAAACAUUUUGUCUCAUUGCAGAUCACUCACAAUCAUGAUUUCAGUUGGACAUUUAUCGACAUUAUCAGCAUACGCUCUCUUAUUUUCUGAAUCUUAGUACUAAACAUUUCUAAAGUUGGUGAUCAGAUGAUCACCUUUGAACCACUUUUAGAUUUUACUUGCUUGUCAUAAUUUCUGACGUGAACCUUGUACUUACUACUUUCGUCAGUUUCAACAUGGUAGAAAUUAGUGAAAGAAUAGUUGAAGAUUACAAAUGUGAGCCGCCCCCAAAUCACCUUUUGAACACAGAAAUUUUUUGGAAGAUGGGGUGUAAUAAAUUCAUUGCCGUUGAACCAGCAGAAAUAUAUUUUGAUAAUAUUAGUUUUCGGUCUCAAAAGUCUGGAAUAAUGAAACAAUUUGAAUUAAAAAAUAUAUCUGACCGCGUGACACGUUUACACAUUUUGCCUCCAGAUACCAAGUACUUUCGACUGUCGUAUAAACAGCCGAAGUGUUUGGUACCUGGUUAUAGUAUUACGUGCCGCCUGAUAUUUUUCCCUGAUAAGCCAAGUUACUAUGAAGACUGUAUACGUGUGCAUACUGAAGAUCAUGAGAAUCAGUUAAUCGUUCCAAUCUAUGCUUAUCCUGUGAUAGGCGACUUCGAGUUUCCAGAGUUCAUUGAAUUUCCAUCAACAAAUAUUGGGAAAAAAAAAACCCAUCAUAUCCCAAUCAAGUCUUCUUCGGCAGUUGAUUUUGAGUUUCGAAUUCAAAUUAUACACAUCCAUCCAAGUUUCUCAAUACAACCAGUGAAAGGAGUUUUACAUCCUGGUCAAAUCACUGAAUUGUUAAUUGAUUUUCAACCAAAUAGCUAUUCAACAUGUGAAUUAAAAUUCGAAUUACAUAUUGCUCAAGUUAAUUUUCAACCAAAAUGUUGUACAGUUAUUGGAAAUGCAUUACCUGGAUUAGAAAGUUCAUCUCAUUCAUGUUAUGAUGACGAUGAAAAUCUCUCAGAAUUACUGGAGACAAAUCAGUGUGAAAUUAGUCAAAGCUUACCUAAUCGACGAAUGAAAAAGUCAAAAUAUUCCUCACAAAUAAUAAAAAGUAUAAAAACCCCAAAAUAUGAAAUUACAUGUCCACAUCAUUUAGUGAAAUUUCUUUUGGGCAGUCAAGAAAAACUCAUUUCUAGUCAACGAAAUAACACAACAACAGAAGGAUUAACUAGACAACAGAAAUUACUAACUUUUGAAUCAAUGGUACAUCAGAAUCUUAUUGAUGAACAACGUAAUCAAGUGAGAUGGCAAUCGAAAUUAGGUGCUAAUCCAUUAUCACCAGAAGAACGUGUAAAAAUACUUGAUUCACGUGAAUUAGCAUGGAAACAAUAUUAUACAAAAUGUACACAUCCAGAAGUUUUGGAAACUUGCAAAUAUCAGCUAUCAAUACCAGCUUCAUUAGUUAACUUCAAAUUGAGUAAAGAUCAUCAAAUAUUAUCUGAAUUUCGUCCAUAUCGUCCAGUGGAACCAUUCAAGAAAUCUUUCAUUACAGGAUCAGAAGUUCCUCUUGAACCAAAAUUUCAAUUAGUUGAAUUUACUAAGGCAAAAUGGUUACAUAAAUGUGAUAUGAUUGAAAAAUUUCGUUCAAUGGUAUCAAGUAUUAUUAUUAAUCGAAGAAUGAUUAAACGAUUAAAAAAAUUAAAACAAACAAUAAUUGAUGAUAAGGAAACAGCAUCAAAACAUGUAACAAACGAGAAAUAUCCAUACAAUAUUGGAAAUCCAAUUCAAUCCCUUGGGAAAUCGGAUUGUGGAACUAAAUUAUUUCAUCAUCAAGUUUGGUCAGAACGUGAUUUACUCUGUAAUCAGCAAUUGACAAAAUCAAAUCAUACACCACCAGUAUCAAACAGUAGUCUAAUUCAAUCUACGCAUCUACUACCGAUAACAUGUACAUAUAAUUAUAAUCAGCUAUUGAAAACAUUUACAACACCGAAACAUUAUUGGCCAUUAUUUGAUAUGCCUGUUACACUAGAUCAAUAUGAAAUGAAAUACACAGAUAAAUUUGAUUUAAAUCUUGCUAUGGAUUAUGCUAAAUUAAUACCGAUGGAUAUAAAUUAUGCAGAAUUAUUACCUAUGCAACAACAAAAACCACAUAAUCGAUUGUCGUCAACCUCACAGGUCGUUGGAUCUCCAAUAACUUGUAAUAAUGAAUCAAUAGAUGACUCAAAACUUAAAUCAACAAUAACCAGUGAUACUUCUAAUCAGUCAGCGAUACGUUUACCACGAUCUAUUCAUUCGUUAUCAAGAUCGAAUAUGAACACUGAUAGGUGCUCAAAUAAUCAAUAUCUACCCUUAACAUUAUUAAAUCAAUCUACAUUGAAUGAUUAUUCCCAUGCACUAAUCAAUUCAGUCAAUCAGUUGUAUAAGCCUAAUGAUAAUAUUGUUUCUUCUAGUCUGUCUAAUUCAGACUACAUUGAUACAGUAUUAAUUAAUUUGAAUCAAACACAUGAUCAUAGUAUUCUCAGUCAAUGGAGUUCAUCAUCUAAUAUGCACAAGCCGUUAGUACCGUUAAAAAAAUUAUCAUAUCCAAAAUGUCAUCAAACUUCAAAGGAUGAUAAUAUUUUACAAGUAAAUGAACUACCAAAUGAAGAUGAAUCAAAUUCCGUCAAAAAACUGAUUGAACAAGAUAUUCAAGAUUGGAUCAAACGUUUCCCAGAAUUGAAUUCGAUGUUUUCAAUGGAAAAUGAGUAUAAUGAUAAUGAGAGAAAUGAAGAAAUAUCAUCUACAUUAGAUGACAGGAAUCAAAACAAUCCACUAUUGAAUUUGAAUAACGCACCAAUCGAAGAGUCAAAGAAAUAUCAGAAUGAAAUUUUAUCAGUGUGUAAAUUCAAAUUCUAAAAUGAUGAAUAAUCUAAAUAAAUAAAUUUAGAUGUACAAAAUGAGUAUAUAAUACUUUACUAAAUGUAUAAAUAUAUACGUCAGUAAGAG